AUUUCUCUUUAGUUCAUGUGCUUUUUUUUUUCUUUUCGUUUAGGACACUAACACAGAGUGUGUCUUUGUGUUGCUGGAAUCAUGUUUGUCGGUAGAUUUUGACUUCGAACAUGUCGUUGAUCUUUACAGACACAUGAAAACCACUCAAGAAUUUUGAAGAUAAUGGAGUUCUUUCUCUUUGCGUUUAAAGGUUUAUCAGGAUGGAUGAGUUGAAGUCGCCAUAAACGAGUAUAGUAUGAGAGAUGGACUCUACCAUGCAUCAAGAAGUCAUAGCAGAAGUUGAUAAAAGAUAACACAGUCAUCUUCGUUUUUCUCUGUUUUCAUCGUCCCUGUUGUUUUCUUGGCGAUCUAAUCAAACAAGUCUUUCCUAGAAAACACUUAGCUCUCAGAUUUGGGUUAAGAUGAGAGCUCCACUUUGUGUCACCUCCGUAUUCUUCUUCCUCUUCUGCUUUUUAUAUGAGCUUUCUUCUUCUAAGUCAGUACUUUACUCUCCAGAAAGUCUUACAGUCUCAAGCAACCAAACCCUUGUGUCUCCAGGAAAUGUCUUCGAGUUAGGUCUCUUCAAACCCAAUGAGUCCAUUUCUCGUUGGUAUCUUGGGAUAUGGUACAAGGAAGACCCAAAGAGAACUAGUUUAUGGGUAGCCAACAGAGUUAAACCUCUCACCAAACCUGUCGGAAUCCUCAAACUCUUCGGCAACAACCUCGUCCUGUUCGGACAAGAUAAUAUCCCUGUAUGGAGGACCAAUCUGACCGGAGGAGGUGUGAGGUCUAGGAUGGUGGCUGAACUUUUCGAUAAUGGCAACUUCGUGGUGAAGGACUUCAGCGACCCGGAAGGUUACUUAUGGCAGAGCUUCGAUUCUCCAACGGAUACUUUACUACCAGAGAUGAAACUCAAAAUGACGACCUUUUCUAGUCAAGAUGAUCCGCGACAAAUCCUUUAUCCCUGGAUGUUGGAUAAGCUUGAGGAAGAAGCUAACCGAGCAAUGGUUAAAGAUGAUUAGGCAAGUAUAUUUGAGAGAUAUUCAAAUAUACAUAUUGGUGUGAUAGGAGAUAUCUAAAUAAGUUAUGUUUCCUAAUUGUUUUGGAAAAGUGUUUUUGAGGUUUUUAUAUAUAGAGUUGCCAAGAUGUGGUUAACCUAUAAGUUUGUGAGAAAGAGAUUGAGAGGCUUUGUUUUGAGAGAUUUUCAAAGCUAAUAAAAGGAGUGCUUUUAUAUCUUGAUCUUGCUAUACAAAUUCUAGA